CCGAUGAUCGGGAACCCUAGCACUUCGGCGGCACCGCCGUCGCCAGAGCAGCCUCCACCUCCGGGAAGGAAUAUCUGGGACUCUAAGCGUACUUUUGUUUCUGUUUUACUCAAUAAAGAGGAAGCUAAAUUCUCCACCACUCAUGCCCGAUUUAAAGGUAUGCCAUCAGUUUCGUUUUUGGAGGAUGAUGUUCAAACACUUGCAGAUCAACAUAAGCAUGCUUUAGUUGGUUAUUUCUACAAGGGGCGGCCACCUCUUGCCACUAUUAGACGUUCGUUUGAAAUCAUAGGUUUCAAAGGAGUUUUUCAUAUUGGAUUGAUAGAGAAAAAACACAUCCUAAUCAGGUUUGAUAUGGAAGAGGAUUACAUUCGUUGUUGGAAUCGCCAAAAUUGGGACAUUCAAGGAAAUAUAAUGAAGGUUACCAAAUGGUCCCCUGAUUUUAAACCGAAUGUUGAUUCGCCCAUUGUUCCGGUAUGGUUGGUGCUGGAAGGUCUACCUAUCCACCUUCAUGAUAAAAGGGCUUUGUUCGAAAUUGCAGGACUAAUAGGCAAGCCCCUAAAAUUGGAUGUUGCUACUGCUACUCUGGCAAGACCAUCCCAAGCCCGAGUUUGUGUUGAGUUAGAUCUCACUAAGGAAAUGCCUAAUAAAGUGUGGAUCCAAGCUGGAAAAUUGGGGUUUGUUCAGCCUGUUAUCUAUGAAUACAGGCCGUAUUACUGCACCAAUUGCUUUCACCUGGGACAUGAAGCUAGUAGGUGCCCAAAAAAGAUGAUUGAAGGUAAUAUCGUGCCUCAGGUUGAAGCUACUGGCGCUAAAAAUAAUAAAUGGGUUGCUAAAACUCAGACUACUACUCAGGCAGAUAGUGUGAAAAUAGCCAGGAAGGACAAAGAAUCAGACCAAAACCAAAUUACAUCGGGGAAGUCUCAAAUUACAUCAGGGGGAGUUACACUGGACAAAGGGAAGGCUAUUGUAAUUUUUAAGUCUCAGGAAUCUCACAUGCCUUCAUCUUCUCAGCUUCUGCCUUCCCAGCCACAAAGACAGGAUUCUGUUCAGCCACCAAUUCAGCCACAAAGACAGGAUUCUGCUCAGCCCUUGCUUCUUGCUUCAUCUACUGCUCAGAACUCUCAGACUAUGAUUCAGGAAUCAUCUGCUAAGCAAUCCCAGAAUAUGACCCAGCAACAGGUUCUUGACCUAACAAAUAACAUUGAUUCAGAAUCUGACAUAGAAGAGGUUUUCCAUGAAAAACCACCAUCUGCAAAAAAGGUCUCUAAUGAGGAUAACAGAUUAAGCAUGAAAAACCUAGAUUAUUUAGUUCAUGGUAACAUUCCUGGACUUACCACAUCAAAGCAGGGUAAAUCCAUCAGGGAUGACUUUUCAAUCUUUCAACUGGAGAAAACCAAUGCUUUUGAUCCUGAAAUUGCUGCAAAAGAAUAUGGAUCUGAUUCAGAGGUACCAAACCAUACAGAAUCUAAAGAAGAUUGGUUAUUAGCAUUACCUGGUUUAGAAAAUAAAGUGAAUCAGUUGGUUAAUUCAGGUGUAGUCAGGGAUGACUCAGAACUGUUGUCAGCUUUAGCUCUUACUAAGGAUGGCAUACAAAAUCACAUUGAUCCAGGAGGAGAAUUUAUUACUGUGGGGAGGAGGAGAAGGCAGAAGAAAACUUAUACACAGACUCCAGGGGUUAUAACUAGAAGUACUGCCAGAAGGCAAGCACAGACUAUUCCCCAACCUCCUAAAUGAAUGGUCUCAUAUGGAAUUUGAGGGGUCUGGCUGCCUCCGGGCCAAGGCUGUCUCAUCUUAUCUCUAAA